AGCCUUCCCCACCUCUAGUAUCCGGAGACUUAGAAUAUAAAUUUUAGAUCUCUCAAAGCGUUUUCUGCAUCAUGUUGGCCAGGUCCAUUUUCUCCGUGGCGGUGUGCGGCCUGCUGCUAUCACCCCUCCUGCCCGCCGCCCGUGCGGCCCAAGAGGAGGACUCCUCCGCCUCCGCCGGCAAGCAGGCGGAAAAGCAGUUCGCCGUGGAACUGGACCCGGAAACCUUCGAUCCGGCGAUUGCCAACGGGAAUGUCUUCGUCAAGUUCUUUGCGCCCUGGUGCGGCCACUGCAAGCGUCUUCAGCCGCUGUGGGAACAGCUCGCCGAGAUCAUGAACGUGGAUGAGCCCAAGGUGAUCAUCGCCAAGGUGGACUGCACCAAGCACCAGGCUCUGUGCGCCACCCACCAGGUCACAGGUUAUCCCACGCUGCGCCUCUUCAAGGUGGGCGAACAGGAGUCGGUCAAGUUCAAGGGCACUCGGGAUUUGCCCGCCAUUACCGAUUUUAUCAACCAGGAACUGAGCACGCCCGCCGAGGCGGAUCUGGGUGAGGCCAAGCGCGAGGACGUCGAGAACCCCAAUCUUGGCAAGGUGGUGGACCUCACCGAGGACACCUUUGCCAAGCACGUGUCCAGCGGCAAUCACUUUGUCAAGUUCUUCGCACCCUGGUGCAGUCAUUGUCAGCGUCUGGCGCCCACUUGGGAGGAGCUGGCCAAGGAGCUGGUAAAGGAGCCCGCCGUGACCAUCUCGAAGAUCGAUUGCACACAGUUCCGUUCCAUCUGCCAGGACUUCGAGGUCAAGGGCUACCCCACUCUUCUGUGGAUUGAGGAUGGCAAGAAGAUUGAAAAGUAUGCGGGUGCCCGUGACCUGUCCACGCUGAAGUCUUAUGUGGAGAAGAUGGUGGGCGUGCCGCUGGAGAAGACCGAAGGCAAGGCCGACGAUGGGGAGGAGGCCAUCAAAGAGGUUGCCGCCGAGGAGGAGGCAGCCAAGAAACUGACGCCCCAACAGAUCAGCGGCGAGGCCGAGUUUGACGAGGCCAUUGCCGAAGGUGUGGCCUUCAUUAAGUUCUAUGCUCCGUGGUGUGGACACUGCCAGAAGCUGCAGCCCACCUGGGAGCAGCUGGCCACGGAGGCGCACCAGGCGCAGAGUGCCGUGAGGAUCGCCAAGGUGGACUGCACGGCGCCGGAGAACAAGCAGGUGUGCAUUGACCAGCAGGUCGAGGGAUAUCCCACGCUCUUCCUUUACAAGAACGGCCAGCGCCAGAACGAGUACGAGGGCAGUCGCUCGCUGCCGGAGCUGCAGGCCUACCUGAAGAAGUUCCUUGGACACGACGAGCUCUAAGUCGUCAACGGGAUCGCAGGGGAUCAGCAGCAGUCAAAUGAACAAAAAUCGCCCGCCAAACUAAUUGUAAUCGUAAUGAUUUCUCUUCAAAAUAUCAGCAUAAACCUCUGUGAGGAGCCCGCAUUUAAACAAUAUAUCAACAACACCCAAAAGACAACGUGCGCUAGCUGGAAUCGACGUCAUUCUUAGUGUUCCCCCGCUGUGUUCAAGUUUCGUCCUCCUUAGUUGAGUUUGGUUCCCUUUUUUUAUGUUUUUAGUAUUUACACUAAUGGGGCACCAGGACUGUGUGCACGAAAGAAGCCAUUUAGUCAACUUUACUUCCAAUUCUAACAUAAUUUUGUGGUCAGUAGGCUACUUUUAAGUCAUUCUUAGGAAAAUUUGUCGACACAAUACAAAUAAAUAUCAAUUGGAAAACAUAA